AUGGAGUUACCACCGGAAGUUGUGAUCGAGAUAAUCUCUUACUUGCGCUUCAAGCAAGCUGCUCGAUUAAGCGUCGUCGCGAAGCGUUGGAAGAAUCUUUAUCGAGAAAUGAAGAACGUCGUCUUCAGAGACUCCGAGUUCGAGGAAAAUGGAGGCACAGCGUCCGAGAGAGCUCUCUUUGUUCAACGAAUGCGCCAAUGGAUCUCGACAUUCCCCGGUUCCUUCAUCAACAGAUUCGAAAUUUAUUUUGCCGAACCAUACGAAUUUCAAGAAUCGAUCAUUCCUCUGAUCGAAUUUGCAGUUUCAAAACAAGUCAAGAUCCUAGCUCUUGAUUUCUCAGACCCUGAUGAUCAUGAUCCAUUCAAUCGUGACGCCGUGAUCACUUUGCCGAGUCGCUUCUACGGUCAAACAGAAACGAUCGAGUCGCUAAAGCUGAUCUCUUGCUCCAUCGACUGCACCAAGUUGAAGAACUCGACGGUGCUUAGAAGACUCACCAUCGGCCGUGCCGUGCUCGCAGAUCUCACGACCACGCUUAGUAAUUUUCCUUCGCUUGAGAGUCUAAGAUUCAUAAGCUGUAUGAGCUGGGGCAAGAUUAUGAUCACGCAGAACCAACGGUUAACCGAAUUGGUCUUUGAAGAUUGCGACUUCUAUGCGGCGGAUUGCACAUUAGAGCUGCCUCGAGUAAUGAUCUUUGAGUGUUCAGGGAAUCUUCCUUCUUUCACCUUCCGUGGAGUUGUUAACGAGAAGAUGCAAGAAGCAGAGUUAAAUUUCUGGUUUGAAGAAGGACGCGGUCAUGGGACCGGAGGAGAUCUUGGCAAGAUCUUAAACGGAGUGUCUCCAGCUAAAACCCUAAAAGUUGACUCUUUCCUCCUUCAGAUGAUCCCUUAUGACGGAGAGGAACUGUUACCUAGUUUCGGAACACGGCACUUGGUGAUGCAAACGAAUCUUCAUCCAGAUGAGUUCAUUGGGAUUAGGCUCAUGCUCGAUAAAUGUCCCGUUUUGGAGUCUCUCACGUUCGAUAUCGUUACUGAAAGAACAACAAUCAUGGAGGACACAGUUUUGGUACCAGCGGACUUUAACGCAGAUACGUAUUGGCUCGAUGAGAUUACGCACGAGUGUUUGGAGAAGACGCUCAAGGUCGUUGUGGUGAAGGAUUUUGGUAACAUGUACGAGUUGCAAAUACUGACCUACUUGAUUAAGCAUGGGCUUGUGUUGGAACGGCUUGACCUUUACAUGAACGACGUUCAGAUGCCUCGGGUCGAGAUGGCUCUCCAGAAUGUCCCGAGAGGUUCGAGCCGAUUACAAAUCACUCUACACAACGCAUCAACUGAGCCAUCCUAA